AUGGCGUCGUCACCUCGGAAGUGAUCACAUCGUUUUUGGGAAGUCUCAGACAGCCGAUCUCGGGAAAGGUCAGGAAAAGUGGGAGGAACAACUUUUCACCACAAAAAAAAAUUUUGCGGGGUUAAUUCCUUCCUGUGUCGGCUGGUGCAAGAAGACCCCGAGCUCAACACAGACAUGGAUGAAACUGGUGCCUACUUAAUUGACAGAGAUCCUACAUAUUUUGGUCCUGUGCUUAAUUACCUCCGACAUGGAAAAUUAGUAGUGAAUAAAGAUUUAGCAGAAGAAGGUAUCUUAGAAGAAGCAGAAUUCUACAACAUUACAGAGUUAAUUAGGUUAGUGAAAGAACGCAUUAGCCAAAGAGAUAACCGACCACCAAAAGCAGGGAAGAAACACAUGUAUAGAGUACUUCAGUGUCAUGAGAAUGAGCUAACUCAGCUUGUGUCAACAAUGUCUGAUGGGUGGAAGUUUGAACAGUUGAUCAAUAUUGGAUCUCAGUACAGUUAUGGAAGUGAAGACCACACAGAAUUUUUGUGUGUUGUCUCACGAGAGUAUUCAUCCUCCUCCGGCUCCAAUCAGUGCUCAACUGACCGACCUGACCACCUCGAUCUACACAGCUCCAAGGACUAAAAUGAGCUGCCUGUCCUCCUUACUGGUGAGUGUUGGAUAAGGACUGAGAGACGAGGAGCUACCAGCAGCGAACUGGAAGAACAUCAACUACUGAACGUAAUACAAAUAAAUCCGGAAGUUGAUAGUCAAUAGACCUACGAGAAAGCCAGACGACUUAAAUGAAAAUCAAAUUUAUUCACCACCACCAGAUGUAGACCAAACGAAAUGUAAACUUUGCCAGAUGGAUUAUUGUCACACCCUGCGUCAUUAUGUACUGGAGUGCGAUAAAAUUAAUGAAUUUAGAAACAACUCACUCAGAAGUGUUCAAGAAAUGGCUAAGUAUUUUAUCCACAGUGGUAUAUUACAGACCAUUCUGGAGAAAUACCCUGACUUUGCUAGCCGUAAAUAAAGCAUUACCACAUAUGUGCAUGU